UGCUGACGUCCAUGAGCGACGGUAACCACUCACCAUCAGGUGGGCCGUAUGUUCGUCUGCCUAUACGGCAAUAAAAAAUAUAUAUACUUACUUUUUUAAACCAUUUCGUAAUUCGUCUUAAUUGGCCAUUAGUAUGGCCCAUACUAUUAAAUAAAAAAAUUUAAUGGAAUGGAAAAACUACAGCCGAUGCCCGAUACCGUAUGGGCCCCAUCUGUCGUGUAUCCCUUGCUUAACUGACUAGGUAAAAGAAGAAAAAAAAAACGUUAUGUAAACAAACAAUAAAGAAAAUUUAACUAAAUAAUAAAUAUUAUACCAGGGGUUUAGUAAAGACUAAACUGAAAAUGAUGACAAGACGUUUGGUUUUACAAAGCUUCAAGAAAUUGCACAGAACUAGAAUGAAAGUCUUCGAAGGCGACGAACGUGCUUUAUUAGCGGCACGAAUAAAAAUAAAUGAAGAAUUUCGCAAAAACAAAAAUGUUCAAAAUGAAAACUCGAUUAAAGCGAUGAUUGCAUUUGGAGAGGAUAUAGAAAGGGAAUUAAGGACUCAAGUGAUUCAAGCCCGAGAAAUAAAACCAGGUGUUUAUGAAGCAAGAAUUACUGAUGACACUGUGAAAUUAGACAACAUACCUUUCAAUGAUCAUGCUAUAUUAGAAGAUGGGACAGAAGCACCACGACCAUGCUGUCAAGAUAAAACCAAAUAAUAGAUAUAUAAGGCUAGUUAAAACAAUACAAUCUUGAAUAGAACAGCAAAUGUAAUGUAAAAAAUAAAAAUAAACAGAAUGUGAUACAAAA